AUGGGCUUUGAGCUACUGGGUUUGGUUCUGGUAUUGUUACUAUGGGUGGCAUGGGCCAUAGUGACGGAGCGACGACAUCGGCGUUUGGAAGAGCAAGGGCGGCUCCCGCCUGGGCCAACGCCAUGGCCGGUGGUCGGCAACAUCUUCCAACUUGGUUGGGCACCGCACGAAUCAUUUGCAAAAUUGGCUCAUAAGCAUGGCCCUAUAAUGACUCUUUGGCUAGGCUCGAUGUGCACGGUGGUGGUCUCGUCAAGUGAAGCUGCGCGUGAGAUGUUCAAGAAUCAUGACAUGGUACUCGCCGGGAGAAAGAUCUACGAAGCUAUGAAAGGAGAUUAUGGGAAUGAAGGAUCGCUCAUCACGGCCCAAUAUGGGCCACACUGGCGUUUGCUGAGGCGGUUGAGCAACACAGAGUUCUUCGUUACAAACCGGCUUGAUGCCAUGGCCGCCGUACGCAGCAGGUGUAUUGAUCAAAUGGUGCAGUUCAUGGCAGAAGCUGGAAAGUCCGGCACCACCGCCAUUGAUGUUGGGAGAUUCUUUUUCUUGAUGGCUUUCAAUCUAAUUGGAAAUCUAAUGUUCUCUAAAGAUCUGUUGGACCCGAAUUCAAAGAAAGGAAAGAAGUUCUUCUACCAUGCAGGAAAAGUGAUGGAGUUGGCAGGGAAGCCUAACAUGGCUGAUUUCUUGCCCAUGCUGAGAUGGCUUGACCCGCAAGGAAUAAGGAAGAAGAUGAAAUUUCACGUAAAUGAAGCCUUUGAUAUUGCUGGAGGGUUUAUUAAAGAAAGAAUGGAGAAUAUGGAUAGUGAUUAUGGAGAUUAUGGGAAUGAAGGAUCGCUCAUCACGGCCCAAUAUGGGCCACACUGGCGUUUGCUGAGGCGGUUGAGCAACACAGAGUUCUUCGUUACAAACCGGCUUGAUGCCAUGGCCGCCGUACGCAGCAGGUGUAUUGAUCAAAUGGUGCAGUUCAUGGCAGAAGCUGGAAAGUCCGGCACCACCGCCAUUGAUGUUGGGAGAUUCUUUUUCUUGAUGGCUUUCAAUCUAAUUGGAAAUCUAAUGUUCUCUAAAGAUCUGUUGGACCCGAAUUCAAAGAAAGGAAAGAAGUUCUUCUACCAUGCAGGAAAAGUGAUGGAGUUGGCAGGGAAGCCUAACAUGGCUGAUUUCUUGCCCAUGCUGAGAUGGCUUGACCCGCAAGGAAUAAGGAAGAAGAUGAAAUUUCACGUAAAUGAAGCCUUUGAUAUUGCUGGAGGGUUUAUUAAAGAAAGAAUGGAGAAUAUGGAUAGUGAUUAUGGUGAAGGCAAGAAGAAAGAUUACUUAGAUGUGCUCUUGGAGUAUCGCGGUGAUGGCGUAGAGGGACCCCAAAAGUUCUCUACGAGAACCAUCAAUAACAUCGUCUUUAAAGAAGAUAUUACUAUUACUAUGUGCCAAAAGAAUAAUAUGCCCUACGAGGAUGAGUAA